AUGAGUACCACUGCCGCGGAACAGCCUGUUCUGGAGGUGCUCAAUCAAAAUGCGGAUAAACCGAAGAAAAAGUUCCAAGUUGUACCAGUCCCAGGAGAGUUCACUCGUGGGAGAUGGAAAGUGAUUGAUACCAGAUUCGGAUCUGCAAUGGGAAUAUUUGGAAACUAUCCACCGGAAGAUGAGUACAAAAUGAUUUCUGUGGUCCGGAACAAUGUGAUCACUGUGCGAAAAAAGUUCCGACGUCAUCCACCCCUUCCAGAAGACGCAACAACAAAAGAAGCAGACAGCAUUCGAGUUCUUCAAAAGAGCCAGCCACGCCUCGAUCAGGUUCCAGUCACCAACCAGAUUAAAAUUCUCAUCAUGGACCCGGAGACCGCGGCCGUCACUGCUCAAAAGCUAGCUGCCAAUGCAGUUGGGGUUACAGAAGUGGUGGGAACUUUCUUUAAAGACGGUAUUGUAAAAAUGAGAAGUUCGUUGAACUUAGAAAAAACAAUGGUUGCUCCAACGAGUGAUAUCACUUCAUCCAUGUCGUCUGUGACUCUUCUCGACACUGAUCCAGCCAAGAUGGACGAGACGGCAAAGCUGGCGAACGCAACCAGCAACACUGUGGUCGCUAUUGAUAACAAGAUUGUGCAGGCCAUGGAUUUGGUCAAAACUCAUCUCACUUUUGCUGUUCGUGAGGAGGUCGAGUGUUUGAGAUCUACUAUCACUGAUUUGGAGGAAAGACUCAACGCUCUUCGUGAGGAAAACCGUCUGUUGCGCGAAAAUGUCUCUCCAGACGUUUUGGCCUUCAUCACUGCCAACAAGCAAAUUGUCGAAUAA